AUGGUUCUCCACAUUACAAUUUUGAUUUACUGCUUAUUACUCUGCUAUUGCAGUGGUUUUUACACUUAUCCUUCAAAUAGCUCAGACAGUUCUAUCACUACAGAAAACACUAUACAAGAAUCUGGGUCAGAAAAUUAUAGCGACUUGCCUUCAAUUCCUGAGACACCUUCAAACUCAGCCUCAGUUGUAGGAUUAGUGCUUGGUAUUCUUAUUCUUGUAGUCGGAGGAGCUAUAUGAGGAUAUUUUGAAUGGAAUUACCAAAUUACUCAAAAAUUCCUUAACAAAUGUCUUAACGUGGUAAUCGAUGCACCACCUAUUAUUGACUCUGGAAAUAACGGGAAAUUAAUAUUCGUUGCAGGAAACUUACAAGUUGGCAUACCUUUUUAUCUCCAAGACCCUUUUCUGCCUAUAGUAACAGUUUCUGAAGCACUUUUGCUUAAACGACAAGUAGAAAUGUAUCAAUGGCAAGAAGAAACAAUAAAAGAUGGCCUAAAAGCGAUUGAUUAUAAGCACGUCUGGGCAAGAUCACAAAUAAAUUCUUCCCAUUUCAAGUCUAAUGAAGCCCACCACAACCCAGACUGGGACCCUAAGCUGCAAAAUGCUACAUUUUCAUGCCAGCCUGAAGCCUUUAUAGGUCCUUAUCGAAUGUCAAGAGAAAUCCUGAAAAAAAUUCCUAUCAGAGAAAAACUGAGACUAGUCCACCCAACCCCAAUAUAUGAUUCUUUGAAUAAAUAUAUUAUUUAUUACGAUGAUACUUAUUAUUAUCUUACUACACAAGAAGCUGUUGAAGGAGAAUACAAGCCUGGAAUAGGAGAUUAUAGGAUUAAAUAUUCAGUUUUGCAUAUAGGCACAGCUGUUAGUAUUUUAGGUGCCCAAGAUGGGGAUACACUAACUAGAUAUGAAGGGAAACUUUUAACUGUUGAAAGUGGCAUUAUUUCUGCUGACAAACUUCUAGAAAGAAAGCUAAGCAAUCGCCGAACAAAACAAUACAUAAUUCGCAUAUUUUCAACUCUAUUAUUGCUUAUAGGAUUUAUUCUUGCCACUUAA